AUGGCAGCGCCAUCCUCGCCCAUCCUCCCACCCAUCCCAGACAUAGACCCGGACGCAACACCAAAGGCAAAAGUGCGACCCAAAAGGCCAGGCUUGAAUACCCGCAAGCGAACCUUCGACACGCUUCGCUCAUCGUCUCUACCGCCUUCAGCGGCAUCAUCAGAUCCAGCACUAUUCUCAGGGGAUGAAGACUCCGCUGCCGAGAACUAUGGCCAAGAGAAGAGAAAGAAGAAAAUCAUGUAUAGCGGCAGUUGGUUUAGUCACAUGACGCGGGCUGGGAAGGACGAGCGGAAGCGGGAAUUCAGGAGAAAUGUUGACUCGGGUGUCUUCAUGGCGGGUGAGGAGAGCGACUUUCCGAGUAGUGAUAGCUUGGGUAGUCUGGAGAAUGAGCUCAUCCGAGAUAUGGAUAAGCGGCAGCAGGUCCGUCAGGUAUCGAGGUUUGAUGAGUUCGAAAGGGUGCAGAGCUCGAGAAUGAAAUGGCAACAAUCGCUCUUGAGUCUCGAGGACGACACCAAAGGAGUCGUGGAAGGGGACAUGCCGUCCUCACAGCACGAGCAGGUCAAGACAAUUGUUCGCCAGCACCUAGAUGCGGGCAACGAGGACGUUGAGCUCUCAAGAAUGGACCUCACAGAUCUGCCGCCUGAGAUCGCAGACUUGGCGACCCUAUCCACCCAGCCCAAUCUUGUUCCUGGCAUGCUCGACAUUGGUCGACCCUUCGAGACGAAUCUCAAGCUCAUGCUUUGCAACAACCUCAUUCGAGACUUUCCGACGCCAAUCCUCGAUGUCAGUAACCUCAAAGUGCUCAGUCUGCGGCAGAACAAGCUCAGAUCGAUUCCAAGCAGCAUCCGACGGCUGACUAGCCUCGUCAGACUCAGCGUCGGAGGGAACAAGCUGUCAUACCUUCCUUUCGAGAUCCUGGAGCUAGCGCAUUUCCACAGAUUGAGAGUACUCCAUGCAGACCCCAACCCUUGGGAUUUUGCCGGCAUCGAUCAGGACGCUGAAUACAGAGGUUGUGAAGUUGUCAGCACUCGCGAGCCACGUCCUUCGGUGUCAGUAGCACCGACUGGCGCAAUGUCUCUGACAGAAUCAACGCUUCGGGCUCUGUAUCGCCUGUUCCCCCAAGCCACGCCAAACCUGGACUUGCUGUCACUCAUGCCGCCAGAUCGCACGCCCGACGCAGUUCUAUCGUCUCUCGCUAGCCUCGAGGCCGCGCAACAUGACGGGCCGCGCCUUUGUACCCUUUGCCAUCGGCCCUUCGUUCAGCCUGGCGAAGAGUGGCUGGAGUACUGGGCAAUUGGGACUCCCCAGAAAGUCUUUGUGACUUCUGAGACGGUUCGAUAUGAUGGCCGUUGUUUGGUUCCUUUCAGAAGGAUGACCUGUGCAAAGAAUUGCAGAGGUGAAAAGAAUGCUUGGGUCGAGGACUGGCAGCAGUGGCAUCCUCGUGGCGUUGAAGCUGGUGAGAUCGACAAAGAUUGA